AUGCCAACGCCGCCAUGGCUCCUCCACGGCCUGCCCCGGUGCCUCCCAGCCCUCCCCGCUGAUGCCGGCAGCCUGCUCCUGCCCCUUCACGCCGCCGCCCACUACCCUCUGCCAUCCCGCAUCCCGCAUCCCGCUGCCGCUCUUUCCGCCGCCACCACCGCAGGCCAGGUGCUCAUGUCUUCGUCGGUCCCCUCACCAGGUCUUUGUCAGGAAGAUUCGGCGAGGAGGCGGCCCGGGCGAGGUAAGGUGCUCGCCCUCGCCAGAUUCGGUAAGGAGCCAAGGAGGCAGCCCGGCUGGGGUGGAGGUGCUCAGCAAGACAAGGGGGCGGCAGGGGUGGCGGCGUGCCUCCGUGCUGCCAUGUACAGACUCCAACAGCUACUUGUACGGCAGGCGGGCGGCCGGGCUCGUGCAGGACGUGGGCGCGGCAAGAGGCCGGAGGCUCAUGCGGCGGUCGCGUGUAGCCAGGCGAGCUCGCGGAUGUGGCGAGCGGGCGGGGGCUCGUGCGCGGUCGCGUGCAGCCGGGCGAGCUCGCGCGCAGCAGGUGGCCCAGCGGAUGCAUACAACAAACGGGUGGCCGGGCGGAUGUACGGCGGCGGGUGGCUGGCCGGAUUAAGGCAAGCGCGCGGCCGGGUAUACAUGUGUGGCGGGCGGACGGACGCUAACAGGUGUCCCAUUAGCUUAUGGUGA